AAAUAAAAACGCAGUUAUGUUACCCGCCAAAAUGGUGUCCAGAUACGUCAGCCAUGACAACCCCCAACUGUCUUUCCAAAUCAACGAAUUAAAUUCAUAUUCUUCUCCCUAGUGGGAAGCCGCCUGUGGGCUUCCAUUUCUGUCUUGCGAUCAUGGCCGCACAAAAUAACAAAUUGCCAUUGUUUCCCACUUCCCCUCGCCGUUUCUACUAUAAAGGGAGGAAGAAGCAGGGGAUCUCUCUACCUUCAUCAUCAAUUCAUCAGCAUAACUGCAACCAACAGCAGGAAGAAGAAAAUGGCGACUGAGCAGAGUACCAUCCCCCUUCUCACCCCGUACAAGAUGGGCAAGUUCGAUCUUUCUCACAGAGUUGUUCUGGCGCCAUUGACUAGACAGAGAUCUUAUGGGAACGUACCGCAGCCACAUGCCAUUCUGUAUUACUCCCAAAGGGCCACCAAAGGUGGGCUUCUCAUAGCUGAAGCCACUGGAGUUUCGGACACUGCUCAAGGGUACACGGACACUCCUGGUGUUUGGACCAAAGAGCAAGUUGAGGCAUGGAAGCCCAUUGUGGAUGCUGUUCAUGCCAAGGGUGGUAUAUUUUUCCUGCAAAUUUGGCAUGUUGGAAGGGUUUCAAAUUCUGGUUUCCAACCAAAUGGGCAGGCUCCAGUCUCAUCUACAGACAAGCCAUUGCAGUCUGACGAUAUUGCAACAUACAGUCCUCCUAGACGAUUAGAAACAGAAGAAAUCCCUCAGAUUGUGAACGACUUCCGGACCGCAGCAAGGAAUGCUAUUGAAGCAGGCUUUGAUGGAGUUGAGAUACAUGGAGCUCAUGGCUAUCUAAUUGACCAGUUCAUGAAAGACGAAGUGAACGAUCGAACAGACCAGUACGGUGGGUCUCUAGAGAAUCGCUGCAGAUUUGCUCUGGAAGUUGUUGAAGCGGUGAGUAAAGAAAUAGGAGCGGAGAGAGUUGGAAUUAGACUGUCUCCCUUUAGUGCCCACAGUGAAUGUGCAGACUCGAACCCAGAAGCUCUAGGCAUGUACAUGGUUGAAUCCCUUAACAAGUACGGGAUUCUGUACUGUCACAUGGUCGAGCCGAGGAUCAAGAAUGCUGGAGAACAAAUCCAAACCCAUAGGAGUCUGUCGCCAAUGAGGAAUGCUUUCAGUGGCACUUUCAUGGCAGCUGGAGGUUACAACAGAGAAGAUGGUAACAAGACUGUGGAAGAGAACCGUGCUGAUCUGGUUGUCUAUGGUCGUUGGUUCUUGGCUAAUCCGGAUUUGCCGCGGAGAUUUGAGCUCAAUGCUGAUUUGAACAAGUAUGAUAGGAACACAUUUUACACAUCUGAUCCUGUUGUUGGGUAUACAGAUUAUCCAUUUCUGCAGCCGAAUCCUUCUGCUUGAGGAUUUGGACUGCUGUACCAUCCUAUCCCUGACUGAUGGGAGAAAAUGUGUUCAGGUGCAACAUGGAAAUUGAGUAAGAAAUUGUUAGCUGCAAUCCUCUGAAUUGGAUCGAGCUCUUCUUGUCAUAUCACAAAAAAGAGUGAAUCAUCACAUUAUGCUAUACAAGCAUCUUAUCUAGACAGAUAUUAACUUAUUUCAAGUGCAUUCAUGAACCUAAAGUUGGUUC